CUAAUCCUGAUUUCUCUUCCUUGUUGCGCAGGUACAUGCAGGACACUUACCUCCUGUGGGUAUGCUACGUGGUCCUCUUCUUCUGUUGCACUUACACCGCCGUGUCCUUGCCGAUCGGACCCACCUCCCUCGGCCUGGAGACCAGGAGGGUCUUCCCGGAAGGAGUAUGGCCGAUCCUCUUCGCGCUCUUCCUGGGCUACGGGAUGAUGCCUCUGAGGACCUGGGUGGCGGCACUCUUCGGCGCGGCUCUUCCUCUUAUCCACGUGGCGGUGUCUGCAGCCGUAGUGGACAACUUCCACCAGCUCCUCUGGCAGCAGGUCGCUGCCAACGUGAUAAUAUUCUCCUGUGCCAAUGUGAUAGGCCUCCUUCUCCACUCGCUCAUGGAGCAUGCACAGAGGCGGGCAUUUCUCGACACUAGGAACUGCAUUGCCGCAAGGCUGGAACUGGAGGAUGAAAAUGAAAAAUUGGAGAGACUGCUACUGUCCGUGCUGCCUCAGCACGUCGCAAUGGAAAUGAAAGACGAUAUCAAGUCACCCGUCGAGGGGCAGUUCCACAAGAUAUAUAUUCAAAGGCACGAAAAUGUCAGUAUCCUGUUUGCUGACAUCGUCGGAUUCACUGUCCUCGCUUCUCAGUGCACCGCACAAGAGCUAGUUCGCCUCUUAAAUGAAUUGUUCGGAAGGUUUGAUCAGUUAGCCAAUGAUAAUCACUGUUUGAGGAUAAAGAUUCUGGGCGAUUGUUAUUAUUGUGUUUCGGGCCUGCCAGAUCCUAGGUCAGAUCAUGCAAAAUGCUGUGUUGAAAUGGGUCUGGAUAUGAUAGACGCUAUUGCGUCUGUGGUUGAGGCUACCGACGUUCAGCUCAACAUGAGGGUUGGAAUACACUCAGGGCGUGUGCUCUGUGGAGUCUUAGGACUGCGGAAGUGGCAAUAUGAUGUUUGGUCGAACGAUGUUACUCUGGCAAACAACAUGGAAGCUGGUGGUGAACCAGGACGAGUCCAUAUUACUCAAUCAACUCUCGACUUCCUUGGAGGGGAAUACGAAGUCGAGGCUGGCCAUGGAGGUACGAGAAAUCAAUAUCUACGAGAUCAUGGUGUCACCACUUACUUCAUUGUCCCGCCUGUCAGGCGAAGAAAGCCUCUUCUAUUCAACACACUACAGGUGAGGUCAGCUCUCGGAAACCAUCAGAGGAGGAAGCUGAGCUUUAAGAACGUGUCCAGUGUCGUAGUCCAGCUUCUUCACUCGAUCAAGUACUCGAUGGAGGUUCCCUUCUCGAACAUCGCUACGCCUGCCGAGCACAAGGCAUCCACAGCGAGGAAGGUCCUGGAUCUACAGAGAGCCCUUCACGCCGAGCCUGGAUCAAGACCAUUUAACCCAGCCGAUUUCACAAUUAGGAACAUCAGUAGUCCUAAGAACAAAGUGACGGAUAAGUUCAAGAGGCCUUUUAAGAAGAGACAUUCAUCAGUGUACCACCAGCCUCAGAACAGGGUGAACAAGUACCUCGCUCAGGCAAUAGAGGCCAGGUCGGUCGACAGGGAGAAGUCGCAGCAUUACCAAGCUGAAUCUGACAGCGGCUACUCGACGUCGCUCGCCUGCUCGCUCAUCCUGCUCCUGCUCAUUGGAGGACUCCAGGCGGCCAUUCUUCCCCGUACCAUAAUCCUCUUGCUGCUCUUCCUCACUGCAUUUAUAUGGAUCUCAGUGGUGCUCAUGCUCUUGUUGGCAGUGAGAUUGAGGUGGAUAGCUUGGGAUAUAUCGCAGAGUUACGUUCUCAGGUUCGCCAUAACGGUCUUCACAAUAGUCCUAAUAUACACUGUCGGUCAGGUCAACGUUUUCACCUGCCGUGCUGAGUGCCCAGCAAUGGUUUCUUGGUCCGAUCACAGAUCGUGCCCACUACCCCACUACAUCCCGAUCUCUUGUUGCCUAGCGUCUUUGGCAGCAGCAAUCUUUCUGCGGUUGUCGACCCUCAUCAAGGUCUUCCUUCUCCUCCUCAUGUCACUCUUACACAUUCUGUUGAUUGAGCUAUCACACAAGGAGCUCUUCAACUGUUAUGAUCGCAAACUUGGGAGUGCCGUUCCAACCCAUAUAACUAGUGUUCUCUAUAUUGUGAUGUUCCUUUUGGCAGUUGCCAUCCACGGCAGACAUGUAGAAUGGACUGCAAGACUCGACUUCUUGUGGCAAAUUCAGGCAAAUGACGAAAAACAUGAUAUGGAUGCGUUGCAGCUGUCGAAUAAGAAAAUUUUAUUCAACCUACUUCCUGCACAUGUCGCUACUCAUUUCUUAGACAAUCAGUUCCGCAGUAAUAUGUGCACUCUGUCGCAGGAGCUGUAUCAUCAGAGCUACUCGCGAGUGGGCGUUGUCUUUGCCUCCAUCACCAACUACCACGAGUUCUACAUGGAGCUGGAUGGCAACAAUCAAGGUGUCGAGUGUCUGCGGCUUCUCAAUGAAAUCAUUGCCGAUUUUGAUGAGCUCCUCGGUGAAGAGAGGUUUAGGUGUAUAGACAAAAUCAAGACCGUCGGCUCGACGUACAUGGCGGCCGUCGGGCUCAUGCCAGACCACAGGAUAGAUGAUGACAAUUCCGCUGCACUCUACCUCAGUCACCUUGUUGAAUUUGUCUUCGCAAUGAGGGACAAGCUGCUUGCCAUCAAUGAAAACUCGUACAAUAACUUUAUGUUGAGAGUCGGAAUCAACACGGGACCUGUUGUUGCUGGCGUCAUCGGUGCUCGUAAACCACAAUACGAUAUUUGGGGUAAUACCGUCAACGUGGCAUCUCGGAUGGAUUCUACAGGCCUUCCGAAUCACACUCAGGUUACAGAGGAUGUUUACCAAACCCUCCGAAACCAACCAUACGAGUUCCAGUGCCGUGGUAAAGUAAAAGUAAAAGGGAAAGGCGAAAUGACGACAUACUUCCUCACCGAUCGUGCACAACCUGGAACAUUACGUGCAGAGGAAAUGUCUUCCCUUAGAGCGGCUGCCCUUUCUCCUGGGAGCAUGUACGGUGGAGUGGCAACACCAUUGGCAUUCUUGCAGGGAGCUGCGCCAGACCGCAGCAGGCUGCACAGAGUGGCCGUUCCUCCUCCUAUCAAGGAAAUACCCCCUCCGCCUCUACCUGUCAGGGAGAACUCCAGUGCCAUGAGACGCAAUUGCAGGUAUACCCCUCCGUGGCCCCGGCCUCCGAUGAAACCACUGCCGAGACCACCGACCGGCCGUGGGGCUUGGGAGCCGCCCGGAGGAGGGUCCCCGUCGCUGUCUUCCAGUGACGAGAGCUACAGCAAGACGACUGAUGCCUCCCCGUCGCCCUCUCCGCCACUUCAUCACCAUGCCGACACUAGGCAGUAUCUCUUCCCUUCGGAUAUUCAGGUCAAUCCGUGCUCUUCUCCUGAGGGCUCGCCUCGUGCGUCCCAUGACUACAUACCUCCGUGCUUCCUCACCAACAACAACCAAGAGAGUUUGCCUUCGUCGCGAUCCUUCUCUCCUGCCAAAAAUGGAAACAAUAAUUCCAGGGGAAGUGGGCGCAGCUCUAAAGUAAGGGAAUCGCCCCGAGUGUUCAAGACUGGUAGUAGCUCAAGUUCGAGAAAGACUGGUUCGGAUAAGGCCUUAGAAGGAAACAGGCGGCAGCAGACCGGAGGCAAGCAGAACAGUAACAACGGUGGCUCGUUAGACAACAAGAGCGACAGCUCCGGCAAGAAAGACAGCUCGAGCCAAACUGAGCUGAAGUUGGACCAGGAAGAGGAGUUCGAACGGAGGAUCAGGAGGCUACUCGGCGAGCCGCCUGCAGGCCACGGUGCCAGGUACGCAGGCCAUCAAGAUAGGAUGGCCUCCGUGGCCCGCAUCAUCUCUCUCGCCCACAACCAACAGUCCCUUCUCGGCAUUACUGAUGAUGAAAUGGAAGGUGAGAAGGUUAGGAAGAGAGAUGAAGAACUGAGGGAGGGCGAGCAGUUCGAAGCAGAAGAGGAGAGGAUAGCAGCCCAAGUCCAAGCGGAGUCUGAGUGGAGCGAGGAAGAGGCCGCCAGUGAGCCCUUGCUGGCCGACAGGGAGAGCACUGGGUACACCACCGAUGAUCCUGCUCUGGAGAAUAUCAGCGUCCUUCACGAGCAUGGGCUUACGGACGCAGAGGGUGCCCUCUCCGAUGUUAACUCUGUCUUUGAGGCCGGCUGCCAGGACGACGGCGACAAUACUUCUCUCUCAUCUCGUGCGUCAUCUCGCUUACAGGACAGCGAUGCUGGUUUAUCCCUCGACAGUCUCUCUCACCUCUACGACUCCGACACUUGUCACCCAGCCUAUCCUAGGUUUAACAAUUUUAACCGACGAGCCCGGGAUGCUUCAACUGAUAUGUCAAAUCUUGCGAACAUCCGCAGUAUGUCCGAGAGCAUCACAAGGAACUUCGGACAGCCAGAACUGACAGAAACCGAUUCGGAUCUCUAGCUAAUGUUGGAAUACAACAACAACAAAUACAGGCGAUUGUUUCGCUAGUGUUUAAACUGUCGCGCUCCGAGUAGAGCUUUUAAACCAAAUUUUCCUGACAUGAUAAUUAACCUUCCUUCGUAGGAUGAUUUUUCUCCUUCGUACCUUGCCUCGUUCAAAAUGAGGAAGAAACAUUUUGGUUAUGGAUAAUUACCAACUUUAUUAAAUUAAAGAAGGCCUAUAUGUUUAUUAUCCAUAACAGUAUUUAAUAUCACUUAUUUACUACAUCGAAUUUGCUACCCCGUCGUUAAUCGUAAAAGCUUUUUAAUAAGUGUCACAAAUUGUUUAAAAGAUAACCGGUACUUAAAUUGGCUACUUAUUAUGCACUCCUUAUUGACUGCUGUAUUUAUUUUUAAAAUAAUCUUUUCUUUUUUUUUGGCAAUAUUUGUUGUAUUAAUAACAAUUGUUUUAUCGAAUUAGUUACUAUAUUUAAUAUUUUAUAUUGGUGCUUUUAUUGUGUAAAUAUGAGUUUAUUAUCGUACCCUGUAAAUAUAUAUUUAUAUGAAAAUUAUAUUUAAAGAAAGAAUUUAGAGUUGCUCAGAGAACAGGCCUUGUUGAGUGUUGUUCAUAUUGUUAGAAAAUAAAAUAUUAUAUAAACGCAUUUGUGCGUUAUUUAAAAUGUAUUAUAUACUAUUUAUAGGCAUAUAAUUAAAAUUGGAUUUGUAAUAUAAAUGCACAGAUUUGUAGGUUAUAUGAGUUUAUGUUAUUUAAGUAUAUAUAUGAGAAAUAUAUACAGUCACAUUAUUAAAAUGUAUUUAUGAAGAAAAAUUGGAUUGAGCAUGUAAAUUCUGUUUUAACAUUAGGAAGACUGUGCAAUCAUUUGUAAUCAGCUGUGUUCGUAAGCGUUUAUGCUACGUUGAUUUAAUUUAGUUAUAACUCUGAGCUGAUUAUGAAUUAUUAAAAGAUUUUAUUGAUAUUAGGUAGCAAUAGCAUUUUAUUACUAAUUUAUAGAUUUGUUUAGUUAUGUUGUUUUAAUUAAACAGCUCAUUGACUGUUAUUUUGUAUAUUGACGAACGACACUUGUUCAUAAAAAAAAAAAAUGGUACUUAGAUUUUCUUUUAAUAUAAAAUUAAACAUAGAAUCUUAACUAUUAUUCUGAAAGGCCUAAUUUUUUUUUUUAUUAUAAAUUUUACACAAAUUGUUUUUAUUUUAAUAUUUUGCUUACUUAUGGCUAUAUAAUCUAUUGUGGUUUUUCUUUGUUCCUGAAUUUACUCAUUAUGAAUUUUGGGUAUUGUUUUUUAAGCAGGUAAUUUAAAUAUAUUAGUAGCCACAUGCACUUGAAAUUGGAUGUGUUUUUUUAAUUGCACAACUAUUAACAGUACUUAUUUUAUGUAUAUUUUUGUUUUAAUAGAUAAAUCUUAUUUAUUUAAGUUUUAUAAAUGUGUAUAUUGUAAAUUAUGAAUGGACCUUUAUUUGAAGAAUUUCUAAAAUAUAAAAUAUAGGCUUCAACAAUUAAUGCCUAUUUGAUUUGUUAGAGAAAACAUUCUAAAUUAAUUGCAAAAAAAGAAUUGGUGCCAAAUGCAAUCAUUAAUUAAUUUAUAAAUGUUUUAAGAUUUUUACAAAAUUGAAUAUUUUAUAAGUAUUUAAUGUCUUAUUUUAUUCUGUUGUUUUAGUUUGAUCCAUUCUUCUAUGUUACCCUUCAUUAGAUAGAAUUCACUUUUAGGAAAUAUAACUUCAGCAAAUGGAUUACAAGUAAUUUUUUUUUACAUGUAUUUUUGCCAUAAACUUGAAAAUUAAAAUUUUUAAUUUUUACCAAUACACAAAUUAUAAUAAUAUAAAUUGUAACUCAACUGGUAUGAUAUAUUAUCUCAACUUAAUAUGUUCCAAAAAAAAUAUUUGUUAAAACAUGGUCCAUUCAUAUCAUCAGACAAAUGAGGCAUGAAACGCUUACAGUGUGAUCGACAGUACCUUUGACUGAUUCCAAUGGCAUCUAUUAGUGGUAAUACCGACUACUAUACCUAUCUUCUCAAUUACAGUAAUUAGUCAAAACUUUUAAUAAAAUUAUAUCGAUAAAGAUCUAUUCUUCAGGUUUUAUCUUCGAAUUGGAUUAAACUGAUAUAUGUAUUAGAUAAAAGUUAAUGUAGAAUAAAUGUUUUUUGCAAAUAUGCUAAGUAUAUCGUUGUUUCGUAAUGUAUUAUCUUCAACUUAAUAUUUUGAGACUGUUUUUGUGUCUUUUAAACUAUAGAAAGGAUAUACCAUUUAACACUGAAAUUCAACUUAGGAAACAGUUGCAACAAACACAACAGAAAUACUUAUCACUUGAAAUAAACUGUGUUAUUUUUUAUAAAUCUUA